GAAAGCACUCAGAGGAAUCAACAGGAGAUGGUAGUUGGCCUGAGCAGGAGAAAACUUUGGUACCAUUCCCAGUUCUACCCCCGACUAAAUGAUUAGAAUGCACUGUCCCACGCAGAGUGCCACGUUUAAAAGGGGGAGUGGAGAAAUUGGACCACAAGCCACCAAGUGAUCAAAGGACGUCCUUUGGGCCCUGUGGGUCUGUCCGUGUCCCCCGUCCGCACUGCCCUGCCAGGAGGGUAUGGCCCGGCGGUUUCCCAGGCCCCUCGGCUUCCGCGGAGCCCGGGAGCUGUCCCAUUCCGGCAACGUGGUGGCCCCUGCCCACAGCAGGUUCUGGUUUCAGAAGUUGGUCAAACACAUCACGGGGCGGAGCGCCUUCUUCUCAUAUUAUGGAUACGGCUGCUACUGUGGCCUUGGGGGCAAAGACACCCCCGUGGAUGACACUGACAGAGAGAAUCCCAGUGGCCCAUCCCCAGAAGAACUAAAGCAGCCCGGCUGCCAGCCCAUGCUGAAUAGCUACCGAUUCCACAUCGCCAAUGGGACCGUGGCCUGUUAGUGUGCCCUUGGCCCCAGAGUCAGCUGUCUCUGCGGGCUGUGGGCAUGUGAGUGUGACAGGCAGUCUGCAUAUUGCUUCAGAGAGAGCCUGCCCACCUACGAGAAAAACUUUGAGCAGUUCUUCUCCAGCCGGCCCCGCUGUGGCAGGCGGAAGCCCCAGUGCUAG